UCUCAGCCAUUUUGGAUAUCAGAGCCGCGCUUGCUGCUCUUCACCGUCCGGGGUAGGAGUUCGGCUCCUCUAGCUCGUCUUCUCGUUCCGGUUUCAGUCGAGCUAACAUUUUGAACAUGGUGAAGGGUGGAAAUGCAGCAAAGCAGGCACUGAACAGAGCCUUCGCUUCCACACAAGUGGCUUCCAGUGGCGAGACGACGGCGCGCACGGCCGGUGCCGCCAUGUCUUUCGCCAAGAAGAUCAAAGCCAGCCGUUCCAUCGACAUGCCGAUGCUCUCUCAUGAGGGGAAGUCGGAACGUGCCAUCGACGGGAACACCGCCGCGGCACAUGUGGCAUAUGCCCUCAGUGAUGUCUCCUUCAUCUACCCCAUCUCCCCUUCCACCAGUAUGGGGGAGACCAUGGACAAGUUUGCCACCGCCGGUCGCAAGAAUGUCUUUGGGCAGACGGUGAAGGUCAGGCAGAUGCAGUCUGAGUUGGGAUCAGCCGGUGCUUUGCAUGGCGCUCUCUCAGGUGGAGCAUUGUGUACAACCUUCACGGCCUCACAAGGAUUGCUCUUGAUGAUCCCAAACAUGCUGCUCGGUUCUCGAAGUCCUGGGACUGUCCAGCCAACCAGGGCUUGCCUGAUGAAUGGGUUUUGUUGAGCAAGGCGGCAGCUUCUAGGCA